AUGGAGCUGCUGGGGUCCACUACUCUUGUUUUUAUUAUUUGUGUCGCUUGCCUGGUUUUCCUUUUGGUGAGGAAAGAAAGUCACAAGUGGAGAAGGCUGCCCCCGGGCCCAACUCCCCUUCCCAUCAUUGGGAACCUGAUGCAUCUAAACCUGAAGGACCUCCCUGCAUCUCUCCUCAAGUUAGCCAAGGAGUACGGACCUGUUUACACGGUGUACCUUGGAUCCACGCCCACCGUGGUCUUACAUGGAUAUGAGGCGGUGAAGGAAGCUCUGGUCGAUCAGGGUGAUGUAUUCCUUGGCAGAGGACGUCUUCCAGUUGUUUCAGAUUUUCAUAAAGGAUAUGGAAUCAUUUUCAGCAACGGAGAGACUUGGAAGCAGAUGCGCCGCUUCUCCCUCAUGACCCUGAGGAACUUCGGGAUGGGCAGGAGGAGCAUCGAGGAGAGGGUCCAAGAGGAAGCCCAGUGCCUGGUGGAGGAGCUCAGGAAAAUGAAGGCUCAGCCCUUUGACCCGACCUUCAUCUUCUCCUGCGUUCCCUGCAAUGUGAUCUGCUCCAUUCUCUUCAACAAGCGCUUCCAGUACCAGGACGAGAAGUUCCUUCACCUGAUGCACUUGUUAAAUGAAAAUGCUAAAAACAUAAGCUCUAGGUGGAGCCAGAUAUACAAUCUGUGGCCACGACUCAUAAAGCAUUUCCCUGGAGAGCACAGAUCACUUUUCAAAGGGAUUUCAGAUAUUAAAAAUUUCCUUCUGGAAAAAGUGAAGGAGCACCAAGAGUCCCUGGAUUACAAUAACCCUCGAGACUACAUGGACUGUUUCCUCAUCAAGAUGGAGCAGGAAAAAGACAACCCAAAGUCUGAAUUUUACUUGGAGAACCUGACAACCUGUGGAUCCAAUUUGCUUGCAGCAGGAACAGAGACGACCAGUUCCACCCUGAGGUUUGGGAUCCUGCUCCUAAUGAAACAUCCAGAGGUGGAAGCCAAAGUUCAUGAAGAAAUUGACAGAGUGAUCGGACGCGACCAGAGCCCCUCCAUGAAGGACAAGAUGAAGAUGCCCUACACGGAGGCAGUGUUGAAUGAGAUACAAAGAUACAUCACCCUCCUUCCUUCUAAUUUACCCCAUACUGUGAUCCAGGACACAAAAUUCAGACAAUACGUCAUCCCCAAGGACACUACUGUGUUGCCAUUAUUGUCUUCAGUCUUGAAUGAUUGCAAAGAGUUCCCCAAUCCAGAGAAGUUUGACCCCGGACACUUUUUGGAUGAAAAUGGCAGCCUCAGGAAAACAGAUUACUUCAUACCUUUUUCCCUUGGGAAGCGGGCCUGUGUCGGAGAGAGCCUGGCCCGCAUGGAGCUCUUCCUCGUCUUGACCACCGUCCUGCAGAACUUCUCCUUGAAGUCCCUGGUGGAUCCCAAGGACAUAAAGACCGAACCCCUUAUUUCUGGGAUUUUGAACAUCCCUCCACCUUUCAAGCUGUGCCUUAUUCCUAGAUGA